AUGGCCACUAUUCAGCGGCGGUUUCAGGUAAUUGAGAGAGGGCUUGGCAACCUUGACAGUGUAAUCGAUGUCGGAGCUCGUCGUGGCCUCGCCGCUGGCGAUGAUGAAGUCGUUGUCAUUCUGGCCGACGGCACCGUCGCUGGUGAAGAUGUUCCACUCAACGCAGACGGGAUUCGGGCUGGCGUCGACGAACUUGUGCGUCUCGUGGCUGUAGAGCGGCGCGGUGCCGUUGAUGGUGGCCUCGCCGCCAUCGGACUCGUUGGAGGGGGCAAUGCGAGUCCAGAGAAUGACGCUGUACGGCCAAGGGUCCCCAGAGGCAACGCCAUGGGUGAAGGCCAGCUCGGACGGCCUAAAUUCGACGCUGUCGCGCUUCCAGGAGCGGCGCUGGACCAGGUCGACGUCGAUGCCCAGGUUUGCGUGCCGGGUCGAGGGGCUGAGGUAGUUGAUGUUGCCGUCGAAGCUGGCUCGGACGGCAUCGGCCAGCAAGCCGGCGAGAAAGAGGAGCACGGAAGAGCGCAUGCUGCCUGGAGAAUGCGCACCUGCCAGGCUCGGCGCGCAUGUUCGCCGGCAAGACAAGGCGAGCCCUUUCUCCGGGCGGUCGAGUGGCUGGUGGCAGCAAGCAGCGACAUCGACGUCGGGGCAGCAUUCCUCCUAGGGAACUUGCUGCACUGUCCGUGUUCCAUGCUGGCUUUUGCAGGCCAGUCGAUGGCGCCGCGUGCGCCGGAUCGAGGCUCGGCUGGCUUCGGCCUGGCAAGCUGGUGUCGCAGAGGGCACUUGGCGCGACGCGUCGUUGUCCGAGGCGGCUACCGUGCCGGAGUCAAGAUGGCUCGGUCGCCGAGGGAGACGGAUGCAGAGGCGCUGAGCCUAGCUUUCGAGAGGGUGCUAUGUGUCAGAAUAGGUAGCUACCUCUUUGAGGAGCUGAAGCGGAGACGAAAGCAGCGGCGUCUCGCCUAG